UCAUCGCCCUAAUUAUGUUGGACAAUAUCAUAUAAAUAUACAGCUAUUUUUCUUAUUUUCAUUUGUUCUUCCGAAAUACAAUCAAUGACCAGUGCAAAUUUGUGUAUUGUUAAACAAAUAAAUAAUCUCUUAAUAAUGUUUGUUUCACUAAAUUCAAAGUAAAUAAAUUCUUUAGUUCUUUAACAAUUAGAAUAUCAAUUCUAAUCAUAGAAUCAUUGACACUAUGAAUUACUAAUAUAUAACUUUCACGUGAAUGUGAAUAAUGAGAAACUAUUUGUCCUAGUUUUACUUCUAGUUAACAUUCCACGUAGACAUAAAUUAAAAAGUUUAUUAUAUUUUCUAAAAAGAUUAUCAAAUUAAAAAUAUUAAAUUUCUUUAAAAAUGUUUAAAAAAUUUAAAGACAAACUUGCUGAAGAAAUGAAGCAAUCACCAGCAAGAUUACAAGCAAGUAUGCAGCAAUUUGCCCAGGCAGUUUCACCAGCAAUGUCAAACAGUUCAAUUCAAGAUAUCUCAGCAACAAACGACAACUUCAGUUUGACAGAAGAGGGGGACGAAACACCAAAAAACAGUCCGGCAAAACACGGAUUUCAAAGUGUGGAUUUAACACCACCAUCAUUGAAUUCUCAAGGUGUAUCUAGAAAAUCAUCAGUAAGCAGUAUCACAAGUACUUCUGACGCAUCAUCGUUAUUUCCAAUUUACGAGAGUCCUGACAAUAUGUAUCAUCUACAGUCAGACAUGGAUCAGUCAGCAAGUGAAGCCGAUGAUAAUAUUUCGGCUCAGCUUGAUAGAGUAUCAAAAGAUCAGCUUUAUUCAGCAUAUCGCAAAGUUCAAACGAGGUAUCAUAAAUAUCGUGGCAGAUAUACAGAUUUGGCAAAUCAUUAUCGUGAAAUGGAAAGGGCGAAAAAUAAAUUGGAAACAUUGUUAGUUGAAACACGAGAAAAAGCAUUGGGAAAAAUUUCAAAUCUUAAAGAGCAAUCCCAAUUAGAACAACAAGCGAAAGCUCAUCUGGAAGAUGCUUUCAGAAAUGAUAUUGAAGAAAAAAAUCAUAUUAUUGAUACGCUAAAUACAAAAGUAAGGCUUUUACAGGCUAACGGAUUAGUGUCUCUACAAAAUCAACCUGAUGACUCAAAAGAUGAUCCAAAUUGUAAAACAGAAAUGCUUAUUGAUAUUUCAACAGAGCCACAAGAUUCUAAUCAAGAAUCAUCAUCACAAGCAUUGAAAGCUGAAAAUGAACAAUUAAAAACAAAAUUAGAAACAAUGGAAUCUAUUUUGUUAAAAUAUAAAGAAUCAUUAAAAAAAAAUAAAGAUAAAAUAUCAGAAAUCACUCAAGAUAAAAGUAUUAUUGAACGUGACUUUGAUAUUUAUCGUUCACAAACAUCUCAAGAUAUUAAAAAUAUUGAAGACAAUUUAAAGACUGCAAGGGAUGAAAUUAGUAAUUUGAAUAAUCAAAUAAGUGCAAUGAAAAAAACAGAAGAAGAAUCGGUAAUAUCAUUGGCUGAAAACAAAUGGUCGAUUCAUCGUGAACUUGAAGAAAAAGAAGAAGAAAUUAAAAAAUUAAAUUUAGAACUCCAAACACUUAAUGUGACAAAAGAUAGUCUUACUAUUGAAUUGGAAAAAUUAAAACUCAUCGAUAGUGAAAAAAUACAAAAAAUGUAUCAAGAUGAAUUGGAAAAAAAUCAAAAUUAUCAAAAAAAAAUUGAACAAUUAGAAAAAGAAAUAUUAUGCAUGAAAAUUGUAGAAGAAGAAUUGGUAAAAACAAAAAAUUCAUUAGAAAAAAAAAUAAAUGAAAUUGAAGAAAAAGAAAAAAAUCAAAUAUCAGAUGAAUUGAAAAUAAAAAAUCAACAAAUUGACGAACUUAAUUCUAAAAUUCAAGCAUAUACAGCAGCAAUUGUAAAAGCAAAAGAAAAAAUAGAAACACAAAAUAAUCAAAUUAAAAUUCUCAAUGAUAAAGAAUCAAAUGUAAAUGAAAAUUCUGAAAAAUUACUUGAUGAAAUUGACAGUAAAAAAGUUGAAUUGCUUGGACUUGAAAGUGAAUUAAAAUCUUGUCGUUCAACAAUUAAUGAUCUUCGUGAAAAACUCAAAGAAAAUGGAAUAAAUAUUGAUCAAUUAAAACGUGAAAAAAUUUGUUUAAUUGCAAAUAUUAUAGAUUACAAAAAAACUAUUAAUUCAUUUAAAGUUUCAUGUGAAGAAAUUAAAUCACAAGUUGUCAAUUACAAGGAUAAACAAUCAGAUGAAAUUUUGACAUUAACAAAAUUGUUUGAAGAACAUUUGAGCAAUAUUAAAGAUACUAAGAAAUUAGAAAAUAUUGAAAAAGAAAAACUCAAUAUUAUUGAAGAAACAAAUAAAUUAACUGAUAUAGAUAUUGAAAAACUUCAAGAAGAAUUGUCAUCAACUAAAAUUGAACUAAAAAAAACGAAAGAAGAUUUAAAUAAUUAUAAAAUACAGAAUGAAACUACAUCAGAAAAAAUUCAACAACUCGAACAAUUAAAAGAGAAGUGUGAAAAAUAUGCAAUGGAAUUGAAUGAAAGUCUAAAACAGUCAGAUGAUUUACAAUUAGAAAAUUCAGAAUUAAAAAAAAAUUAUGAAGAAUUGAUGAAUCUUAAAGUAGAAUGUGAAAAUUAUUCAAAACUUUUUGAAGAAAAUCUUAAAAAAACAAAAAUAUUAGAAGCUGAAAAUAAAGAUUUAACACUAAAUUGGGAAGAAGCAUCUAAAUCAAUUGAAGCAUUUAAAUUAGAAAUUUUGGAGUAUCAAUCAGUCAUUGAAACAAAAAGUGAAGAAUUAAAAACACUAGAAGUAGAAAAUGAAACAUUGCAAAAAAAAACUGAAAUAUCUGAAGAAUCUGUUAUUAAUUUGAGAUCAGAAAUUCUCAAACAAAAUACAUUGAUUGAAGAAAAAGAUACUGGAUUGUUAUCCUGGGAACAAAAAUUCAACGAACAAAAUGAAGAAUUAACUCAAAUAAAAUUGCAAAUUGAAAAUCACACAAAAUUAUUGGAAGAAAGUUUAGAAAAAUCACGAGAUCUUGCAGCUGAAUGCAAACGACUAACCGAUGAAAAUAUUCAAGAUGGUGUAGAUCAAGAAAAGCUGAAAAAUGAAUUUGAUAAUCAAAAAAUUGCCUUUGAAAAUAAUAUACAAGAAUUGGAAAAUAAAUUAUCUUCUAAAGAUGAUGAAAUAUCAAAAAUAUUGGAAGAUAAUCGAUCAAGUCAAAACAACAAUGAAGCAAUAGAAAUAAAAUUAAAAGAUGUUGAAGAAAAAUAUAGUAAACUUGAAACUGAAAAAUUAUUAUUGGUAGAAACUCUUGAAGCUAAAAAUCAAAUGAUUGAAAAAUUAAAUAUUUUAAAAAAUAAACAAACUAAAGCUAUUCAAGAUAUAAAUGCAAAAUUACAAGAUUCAGAAAGUAAAAAUAUAUUGUUAAAAAAUAUUGAAACAUCAGCAAAAACUCAUGAAGAGAGUGCUAAAAAUUAUUUAAUAAAACUUGAACAAGUUACGGCUGAAAAUGAAAACUUAGUCAAAGUCAAUAAAGAACUUGAAAAUAUUCAAGAAAAAAGCAUUGAAUUAGAGGAAAAAUUAUCUCAACUUUUGAGUGAAAAUGAGAUAUUAAAAGAUCAAAUAAAAACACUUGGUGAAGAGUCUUUAAUUUUGCAAAAUCAACGUAAAGAAAAUGUCAUUUUAAAAACAAAAUUAAAUGAAAUUGAAAUAGAAAAAGAAAAUGCCGAAGUACAAUUGAAAGAGCUUAAAGAAUCAAACAAUCAACUUCAAAAAUCUGAGACAGAAUAUCAAUCACGAAUUUUUGAUAUGGAACAACUUUCUAAUAAACAUUUGGCAGAAAUUGAAGAACUAAAAAAUAAUGUACAGUCUUUAGAAAAUAGAAUAAAAUUGCUUCAAGCAGAUUUUAAUGAUAAAUAUGACCGAAAAAAUAAAGAAUUAAAUGAACUAUUAGAAAAAGAAGCUUGGACUACACAGGUAAUAGAGGAAUUGAAAAAACACUCAGAAACAUUAGAGGCACAGUUGGAUGAUAGAAAGAAUCAACUUACUGAUAACAAAAACAAUAGUAUUUCAUGUGAAGAAGAAGAUCGUUUGAGAAAACUUAUCCAAGAAAUUCAGGCACAAUUGCAGGAUCGUGAAACAAAACUUAUAACAUCACAAGCAAAAGAGUCUCAAAUGGAAAUAUUAAAUGAAGAAAUAAAAAAAGAAACUAAUAGUCUUAAAGAUCAAAUAAAAACAGUAGAAACUGAGCAGGGUAUGCGUAUGCAACAAUUAGUUAAAGAAUUCCAAGCACAAUUGCAUGAUAAAGAUGAACAAUUACAAGCAGCAUUGAAUAAAAAAUUUGAUCGUCAACAAAAUUAUGAGUCUGAUUUAGUACAACAAUAUAAAGAACAAUUGAAAGAUUUUCAAGUUGAAUUGACAGCAAAAUCCGAAGAAAUUGAAAGUUUAAAAAGAGAACAAAGCGAUGAUACAAUGAGAGAAAUCGAAAAACUUGUUGCAACAAUUGCAAAUAUCAAAGAUUCACAUGCUGCUGAGUUGCGUGAUAUUGAAAAAAAGUGGCAAGCAAUUAUUCAGCAAAAAAUCAGCCAAUUAGAGGCUAAACAUGACGAUAACAUUAAAGAAUUGACUAAAGAGUGGCAAAAUGACAAGCUUACUGAUGAAAAAUUAGACCAAAAAUCUGAGGAAUUGGAAAAUAUGUCAAGAGUUGCAAUGGCAGCUGUUCAAUCAAAUACAGGAUCAUUCCAUUCACUUCAACAGACAGUUAUGUCUCAACGACGAGAAUUAACCGAGCUACGUAAAAUCAUAAAACUCCGACAUGAUACUCUUGAAGACUCAACUGAGAUUGAAUAUCUGAGAAAUAUUCUUUAUGAAUAUAUGAUGGGUCGGGAAACCUUGGUGCUUGCUAGAGUUAUUGCAGCAGUUGUUAAAUUUGAUCAAGAUCAAACAAACAAAAUACUUAAAAAAGAAGAAGACAAGUUAACGUUAUUAGGUUCAUUGAGACUUGCGUAAAAGUUUUAUACUUACGAUAAUUUAAUAUACUUACCGAAAAAAAUUUAAAAAAAAAAACAAUACGUUGGUCCAAAUGCAAUAAUUUUUUAUUUUACCAUUGUAGAAUUUAUUUAUUUUAUUUUAAUGUACAUACAAUGAAAAUGCAUGUUAUCAGAAUAAUUAAACUUUUUAAAUAUAUAGUGUAAACAAAUAUUUAUAACCAAUCAAUCAAAUUAUUAUUAUUAUUAUUAUUCUAUGUAAAUAAAUAUGUAAUUAUAAUUAAUCAAUAUUUUGAUGACAAAAGAAGGAAAAAAUGCCUUAUAAAUAAAUAAUAAUGAUAAAUUCA